AUGUCAUUCACACAACGACUAUUGGCGGCCAGUUCCCCUGUUUUCUGCUAUACAGGCGGGCUGUAUCGGCGUGGAAGCCGACACCAGUCGUUGCAAGGGGUUUUCGACACUGACCCAUCCCAGAGCCUUAUCCUACUCAUUGAUUUUAAGACUGAAGGAGAGGCGACAUGGAACACGGUCGUCGAGCAGUUAUCACCCCUCCGCAGACGUGGCUAUCUUACUCACUUCAACGGUACUGACGUGGUCAAAGGCCCUGUCACAGUUGUGGGAACGGGCAAUACCCCCUUCAACAUGGUGGCGGCGAACACUACUUAUCGAGACAUCUUCUUCGAUGCUCCUUUAGAGAUAUUGGCUGAGAAUUAUGGUAUGGAUAAUGCUGGGAGUCAAGGUUCUGAAGAUAACAUUCCAGGGGAUGAAGGAGUGAUGACAAGCCGGUCUAACGAGAAUGUCGGUCAGGGCCUCUCAGGCUUAUCCGGUGACGAGAUCGGCCCUGGCACUUUCAACUGGACCAACAGUUACUAUGCAUCUGUUUCUUUUAGGCAGUCGAUCGGCUUUCCUUGGUUGUUCCACCUUAGUGAUCGACAAAUAGACAAGAUGAAAGCGCAGAUCCGGGGUGCCCACCAGCGCGGACUCAAAGUUCGGUAUUGGGAGUUGCCUAGCUGGCCUCGGAGUUUGAGAAAUCAUAUCUGGACCGUUCUGGUUCGCGAAGGGGUUGAUAUCCUCAACGUUGACGAUCUGCAAAGUGCCACUAAACAGGACUGGAGUCCCAAGUUCUUUGAUUGGUGGCACUAG